AUGACGGGGGUGCAGUUCAAGGCCGAGCUCGCGACGCGUUCGAGGACGUCAAGUCGGACCCCAAGCCCUAAUGAACGCCGCCGGGACGGCAUGAGCGAAGACGACGACGACCAUACGCCUCGGGAUUCCGAUGACGAUGAGGAGGAGAAGGAGGAGGAGGAGGAGGAGGAGGAGGAGGAGGAGGAGAGAGGUCGGCCGCGGAAGAGGAGGAUGCCAUCUGGAACUGCAUCUACGGUAUCCCUCGAGGAAUACGAGCAAGUUACGUCGGUGUUUACUUCGCUUGCGAAUGGCGACAAGGAAACCAAGUAUGGCAUCGAUGGUACCACCGCCGAGCUAUGGGAAGCCGAGUCUUAUGCCUCCAAGUGUCGUCCCUUCGAACCGCGUCCAGAUUAA